GCUGUCGAACGAUGUGAAAAUUUAGGCCGUGCAUUCACGGAGGUUGAAAAGUUGUCCUAGAAGUCUCUCUCAUGAAACGAAGGCCUAAAAACCUGCACACAGCCUUUUCCAACGAAUUUACAAACAAGGAGUUUGUCCAGUAAUAAAAGGCAAAGAGAGCGUUACAGAUUGAGAUGGAUGAGCUGUUGCUGAACUCGUUCGAAGAACUCGUUCCGAGUAGACCAGUGGAGCAUUUGGGAGAGGCCGAUCUUACGUUCGAUGGACGGUUAUCAGAGCCUUUGAAGAUCUGGGAAGAUGGUGGUGCUGUUGGCUGUGGUGGUAAGAUCUGGAUAGCUGGCGAGCUGCUAUCCAGGUAUCUACUGGAUAAGAAGAUCUGCCAGCGUGGGAAGAUUAUCGAGGUUGGCAGUGGGACUGGACUAGUCGGUCUGUGUCUUGGUCUAUCAUUACGCAAGAGGACAGAUGCUGAGAUUUGGAUCACCGAUAUUGAGGACCUUGUACCGUUGAUGCAGAAGAACAUUGAGCUGAACGAGUUGGAAGACGUGGUACAUAGUGCAACUUUGGCAUGGGGUGAGCCACUCCCAAGCUAUGCGAAGGACGGUGUCGAUGUUAUCUUAGCAGCUGAUUGUGUAUACCUAGAAAAGGCGUUCCCUCUGUUGGAGAAGACCUUGUUGGACAUGACCAACAAGGAUACGCUGGUGUUGAUGAGCUACAGAAAGAGAAGAAAAGCCGAUUCCAAAUUCUUCAGAAAGAUCAGGAAGAACUUUGACAUUGUACCAAUAACCGAUUUCGAAGAUUACAAUCACUACUUGAAACAAAGAACCCAUCUGUUCCAACUAGUGAGACGUACUGCACCUCAGAAGGCCUCUGAAGAGGCUAAGGACCAUCUAGACCAGUGAACUACAGCUUGUAAAUAUACGA